AUGCAUCCAAAGUAUGCCCGUUGGGCGUCAAGUGGUAUGAUUAAUAACGCCAUAGCCUCUGUAAGAAACGUAUAUAUUAGUCUGCUGGCAGGAAUUGUUUUGGGAUUUUUUGUUCGAUAUUUUCCAAGUGAAGACCAGAAAAAACUUACAUUGAAGAGAGGCUUCCUUGUUUUGAUUACGUGUGUUUCUGCUGUCUUAGGCAACCAACCUAUUGGUUUACAUGGAUCUGGAGGAUUAUGCACACUAGUGUUGCGUUUCAUUGCAGGGACAAAAUGGUCCCAAGAAAAGAUGAAAGUCCAAAAGAUUAUUACAAAUGUAUGGGAUAUUUUUCAACCACUUCUUUUUGGUUUAGUUGGAGCAAAAGUAUCUGUUUCAUCGCUUGAAUCAAAUAUUGUUGGCAUAUCUGUUGCCACUCUGAGUUUGGCAUUAUGUGUUCGAAUUUUAAAUAUAUAUAUAUUGAUGUGCUUUGCUGGUUUUAGUUUUAAGGAGAAAAUAUUUAUUGCUUUAGCAUGGAUGCCCAAAGCUACAGUACAAGCUGUGUUAGGUCCUCUGGCUCUAGAAACAGCAAGAGUCUCCACACCCCACUUGGAACCAUAUGUGAAGGAUGUGAUGACAGUAGCAUUUUUAGCCAUCUUGAUCACAGCUCCAAAUGGAGCUCUACUUAUGGGCAUUCUGGGGCCUAAAAUGCUUACACGCCAUUAUGAUCCAAGCAAAAUAAAACUGCAAUUGUCAACAUUAGAACAUCAUUAA